AGCCUGUCAGGUCCCUCUUGUCGCUUGUCGCUGGCCCACGUACCGAGUCCCAAGGUACCCAGUCCGCAGUACCGCGCUGUUCACCGCCGCCGCCGCGCUGUCUGGAAGAACUCGGGUGUCUUUCUUCGCGCGACGCUCGUGCAGGCCCGAUAGAAGCCUUAGCAGAGUUUUCUCAUUUCAUUGCAGCGGCUAACGCUGUUUUAGCGCAGCGAGCCAGGUUCCAAUUGAUUAUCAUUACAUAUGACUUCACGCCCGCAACACAUGGACCUGGUCACCUCGUCUCCCGCGACUUCAAGCGUACGUACUGCCAGCACAGCAUCCACCGCCAGCACAUCGCGAGCCAGUCUCCGGGCAACAACCACCACCAUUCCGUCCAGCGCUGCUGCCGUCGAUGCUCGUCCAGCUCGACCUGGACUAGUAUCCCGCGCUUCUGAGAUCUCUCCCACCAAGGCCUCGCGACCCCGCCGUCACCUGUCAACAAAGUCCUCGAGUGCCGUGCCCACCCUCUCCGCCCUCAACGCCAGCAACAACGAGAAGUCUGCACCCACCACCACCGCCACCAAACCCGCCGCCCGCCCGCCGCCCAAGUUUGGCAAGAUGACCGCGUCCAACACUGGCGCUCCGUCAGCUGCAGCCGACCUGCUGCGACAGGCAAUGGGAAACCAGAGCGGCGACCCAGUAGCGCAGCUGCUGAAAGCCCAUGACCGCGUUACCCAACCUUUGGUCAGCUUUUUCGCCGCUGCACGCUUCCUGCUGAGCAGCUUCAUCAUCUCCCGCGACCUCGCACCUGUUGCUGCACGCCCGCAAUAGUGCCCGCACCGCAGCAAUAAUGCCGGCCCACAACGCCCUACUGACACCGCACAGAGCCGCGGCCCACGAUGACGAUGGCCACGACCAGAUCGGCUCCACCAGCUCGACUCCACCUGGCGCCUCAACACCGCGCCCCGACCCUACUGAUAAGCGACUGCCGGGUAUUUUGCACAGCUACUUUGGCCAGGUUCGCUACCCCUCCUCAA